AUGGACCAAGGCAAUAUGACUAUUCCACCAACCACUGUGACAAAUUCCAGCCAGACCCCAGCAGCUGUGAGUGCCUCUCACCUGGCUGCGGCCGCGUUGCUCUUCCCCACCUUCCUGGUGGGUGUGGUGGGAAACGGGCUGUACCUGUGGGUGCUGGGACUGAAGAUGAGGAGGACAGUGACUACGCUUUCGUUCCUCCACCUGGUCUCCUGUUCUCUCCUCUUCACCCUGCUGAUCCCCUUCUUCAUUGUCUCUCUCCUCAUGGGUUUCCACUGGGUCUUCGGCAUGGCCAUGUGCAAGCUCCUUAAUGCCUGCAUCUCUAUGUGCAUGUUCUCCUCCGUCUUCCUUCUCACCCUCAUCAGCCUGGACCGCUACAUCCUCACUCACCAUCCCAUCUGGUGCCGGCAUCACCGCACCGUGCCCCGAGCUCAGAAGCUGGCGGUGGGUGUGUGGCUGGCCUCCUUUGCUCUCAGCACUCCCUACCUGGCUUUCCGGGACACCCAGGUGGUGGACGGGGGAAGAAUCAUCUGCAUCAACAAUUAUGCUCUCUCUGGAGACUGGAACACAGCCGAGACACAGGACAUGGAGAGACGGGUCCACAUGGCUGUCUACAUGGUCCGGUUCCUGCUGGGCUUCCUUGUGCCCUUCUGCACCAUCGCUGGAUGCUAUGGCCUGGUGGGGCUGAAGAUGAAGGAGAAGAAGUUGGCAUGGGCUGGGAAGCCCUUCAAAGUCAUGCUGACCGCGGUGGUUUCCUUCUUUAUCGGCUGGCUGCCUUACCACCUCUAUCACGGCUUGAAGCUCUACAAGAAGGAGGUGCCAGAGUCAGUGACGGGUGCCCUUUUGGUCUUUUACACCUUCACGUCCUGCUUCACUGCCUGCUUCACCCCCAUUCUCUACCUCUUUGUGGGGGAAAAGUUCUGGCAGGUCUUCAGGACAUCUCUUUUCACUUUGGUCAAAACGGCUUUUGUUGAUGAUCUCGUCAGCAGUGCCCACGAGUCUAGUGGAAGACACGGGUCAGAAGUUGAGCACACAAAACAGGAGAUGGCCUGA